CCAGAAUAAAAAUCCUCACAAGCCUCGCGUUCAUACACCGCCGAAUCUCAGCAUCCACAGCACAAUCCCACCCAACCUCUCUUGCUUGCUCCUCCACUUCUCCUCCUCCUCCUCCUUCUUCUUCUUCUUCUUCUUCUCUCCUUCGUCUUCUAGCUAUGGCCGGCGAGCCUGCAUUGCCACCGCCCUCCUCGUACUGGUUCGACGCCUGUGAGGAUGACGAUGCGCUCUGUGGUAUCGACUUCGCGGACUUGGACGCUGCUAUGCUGCCUGCUAUCCCUUUUGAUCAGGAUGAGGAUGAGGAUGGAUUUUUAGGUGAGAUCGAUCGGAUUCUUGAGAGUAUUAACAGGGAGAGUGAUGAACCACAGCAGCAGCAGCAGCAGCAGCCGCCGUCGCCUGUGAUUGGUGUGGGGGAGAGUGUUUGUGAGGUGAAGGUUGAUGUUUGUCGAGUUGAGAACGGUGGCGGUGUGGGGGAUGGGGAGAAUCGUUGCCAUAUGGAGGUGAAAAGGGAGCGAGAAGGAGAUCAGAUGGAGGAGAGGAGGUAUGCGUCCGGUCGGCAUGAACGGUGCCGUGAGCCCAGACGGUGGGGGCGUGAGUGGCAAGAGGGUGAUCGACGGAGGUGGGAUGGUGAUCGGGGGCGGAAGAGAGAUAGGGAUGGGAGGGAUGGAGAGUGGAGGGAUAGGGAGAGUCGAGGGUACUGGGAAAGGGACAAGAGUGGUAAAGCAGUGUAUAAACCUGGGAAUUGGGAGCCUGAGUGCAAUCGGGAAGUCAAGAAGGUGAAGCUGGAGAGCCCGGAGAAUGGGAGGAGCCCUGAGAAGAAGCAGGAGGAAAAGAAAGAGAAGCCUGCUGAGGAGCAAGCCCGAAAAUAUCAACUUGACGUUCUUGAUCAGGCCAAGAAGAAGAACACCAUUGCUUUUCUUGAGACUGGGGCCGGGAAGACGCUUAUAGCUGUGCUUUUAAUCAAGAGCAUUUGUGCUGAGAUGCUUAAAGAGAACAAGAAAAUGCUGGCCAUCUUUUUAGUGCCUAAAGUCCCGCUUGUCUAUCAGCAAGCGGAAGUGAUACGGGAGAGAACUGGAUACAGAGUAGGUCAUUAUUGUGGGGAGAUGGGUCAGGAUUUCUGGGAUGCCCGGAGGUGGCAGCGUGAAUUCGAGUCAAAGCAGGUGCUUGUUAUGACAGCACAAAUUUUAUUGAAUAUUCUCAGGCACAGCAUAAUAAAAAUGGAUGCCAUUCAUCUUCUCAUUUUGGAUGAAUGCCACCAUGCUGUGAAAAAACAUCCGUAUUCUUUAGUGAUGUCUGAAUUUUACCAUACAACUCCCAAAGAUAAAAGACCAGCUGUUUUCGGAAUGACUGCUUCUCCUGUCAAUCUUAAGGGAGUUUCUAGUCAAGAAGACUGUGCUAUUAAAAUUCGGAAUCUUGAAACCAAACUUGAUUCCAUUGUAUGUACAAUAAAAGAUAGAAGAGAGUUGGAGAAACAUGUACCUAUGCCUUUAGAAAUUAUUGUAGAAUAUGAUAAAGCAGCUAUGUUGUGUACCCUUCAUGAACAAAUUAAGCAAAUGGAAACUGCAGUUGAAGAAGCUGCAAAUUCUAGCUCUAGAAGAAGCAAAUGGCAAUUCAUGGGUGCAAGAGAUGCUGGAUCAAAAGAAGAACUGCGCCUUGUUUAUGGUGUUUCUGAAAGAACAGAAAGUGAUGGUGCUGCAAAUCUAAUCCAGAAAUUGAGGGCUAUCAACUAUGCUUUGGGUGAACUUGGACAGUGGUGUGCUUACAAGGUGGCGCAUUCAUUUUUAACUGCUUUACAGAAUGAUGAAAGGGCGAACUACCAGCUUGAUGUGAAGUUCCAGGAAUCUUACUUGAAGAAGGUUGUUGCUUUAUUGCAAUGCCAAUUAUCUGAGGGAGCUGCUGUUAGCGAAAAAGAUACAGGAAUGGAUUUGGACAUAAAUAAUAACCAUACCAUAGAUGAGAUUGAGGAAGGAGAGCUGCCUAACAGUCAUGCUGUUUCUGGUGGUGAGCAUGUCGAUGUAAUAAUUGGAGCUGCUGUGGCAGAUGGAAAAGUCACCCCUAAAGUGCAGGCAUUAAUUAAAAUACUUCUAAAGUACCAACAAACGGAAGAUUUUCGUGCAAUAAUCUUUGUGGAGCGAGUUGUUGCUGCUUUGGUUCUUCCGAAGGUUUUUGCUGAGCUUCCAUCUCUAAGCUUCAUCAAGUGUGCGAGCUUGAUUGGGCACAACAAUAAUCAGGAAAUGCGCACAUGUCAAAUGCAAGACACCAUUGCUAAAUUUCGUGAUGGUCGAGUUAAUUUAUUAGUAGCUACCAGUGUUGCUGAAGAAGGGCUUGAUAUUCGUCAAUGCAAUGUUGUCAUUCGCUUUGACCUUGCUAAAACUGUCUUGGCAUAUAUUCAAUCUAGAGGCCGUGCAAGGAAGCCUGGAUCUGAUUACAUAUUGAUGCUUGAGAGAGGGAAUUUGUCACAUGAAACAUUCUUGAGGAAUGCUCGUAAUAGUGAGGAGACACUGAGAAAAGAAGCUAUUGAGAGGACUGAUCUGAGUCAUCUGAAGGGUACUUCAAAGUUAACUCUAACUGAGGCUUUACCCUCUUCAGUUUACCAGGUGCAGUCAACUGGUGCAAUUGUGAGCUUGAAUUCUGCGGUGGGGCUGAUCCAUUUUUACUGUUCCCAGUUACCAAGUGACAGGUACUCAAUACUCCGUCCCGAGUUUAUCAUGGAACGACAUGAGAGACCUGCAGUUUCUACCGAGUAUUCAUGCAAGCUUCAGCUCCCAUGUAAUGCUCCAUUUGAAAAGCUUGAGGGUCCUGUUUGCAGUUCUAUGCGCCUCGCACAGCAGGCUGUAUGCUUGGCUGCUUGCAAGAAACUGCAUGAGAUGGGAGCAUUUACUGACAUGCUUUUGCCAGAUAAAGGAAAUAGGGAGGAAGGUGAUAAAAUUGAACAGAAGGAUGGUGGAGACCCUCUCCCUGGAACAGCACGGCAUAGAGAGUUCUACCCUGAAGGUGUUGGAGAAAUUCUUCGGGGGGAUUGGAUUUUAUGUGGCAGAGAUGACUGUCACAGCUCCAAGAUAUUUCAAUUGUACAUGUAUUCUGUUAAAUGUGCUAACUCUGGAGUUUCUAAAGAUCCAUUCCUUACACAAGUUUCAGAAUUUGCUGUGCUUUUUGGCAAUGAACUGGAUGCAGAGGUAUUAUCGAUUUCGAUGGAUCUCUUUGUAGCUAGAACAAUGAUAACAAAGGCAUCUCUUGUUUUCCGAGGGCCCAUAAGUAUCACUGAAACUCAGCUGGUUUCACUGAAGAGCUUUCAUGUUAGACUUAUGAGCAUUGUGCUUGAUGUUGAUGUAGAUCCCAUGACUACUCCAUGGGAUCCUUCAAAAGCAUAUCUUUUUGUCCCUGUGGUUGGUGGGAAGUGCCUUGAUGCUUUAAAAGAGAUCGACUGGGGCCUUAUUGAAAACAUAAUAGAGACUGAUGCGUGGAGCAAUCCCCUUCAGAGGGCUCGCCCAGAUGUCUACCUUGGUACCAAUGAACGGACCCUUGGUGGAGAUAGAAGGGAGUAUGGGUUUGGAAAGCUGCGUCAUGGCUUAGCAACUGGGCCAAAAGUUCAUCCAACGUAUGGCAUCAGAGGAGCUGUGGCGCAGUUUGAUAUAGUGAAAGCGUCUGGAUUGGUUCCUAAGCGAGACGCUAUGGAAUGCCUUGAUGUGGAUUGGACUCGAGGCAUAUUGAUGGCGGCAGAUUCUUGUAUUGAUGUGAAGGAUCUAAUUGGGAGGGUUGUAACAGCUGUGCACUCAGGAAAGAGGUUUUAUGUGGAUUCUGUGCGCUAUGAAAUGAAUGCAGAGAACUCAUUCCCUCGAAAGGAGGGAUAUCUAGGACCUUUGGAGUACAGUUCCUAUGCUGAUUACUACAGGCAAAAGUAUGGAGUUGAGUUGAUUUAUAAGAAACAGCCUCUUAUACGUGGACGAGGUGUCUCAUAUUGCAAGAAUCUCCUUUCCCCUAGAUUUGAACAUUCUGAAGCAGCAGAAGGAGAAUUUGAUGGGAACUUAGACAAAACCUACUAUGUUUUCUUACCUCCUGAGCUGUGUCUUGUCCAUCCACUCCCUGGGGCCCUUGUUCGAGGUGCUCAGAGGUUGCCUUCAAUAAUGAGGCGAGUGGAGAGUAUGCUUCUUGCUGUUCAGCUUAAGGAUAUGAUCAAUUAUCCUGUUCCAGCUGCCAAGAUCUUGGAAGCCUUGACUGCCGCCUCAUGUCAGGAGACUUUCUGCUAUGAAAGAGCAGAGCUUCUGGGUGAUGCAUAUCUGAAGUGGGUUGUUAGUAGAUAUCUUUUUCUUAAAUACCCACAGAAACAUGAGGGCCAGCUUACUCGAAUGCGGCAACAGAUGGUGAGCAACAUGGUAUUAUACCAGUAUGCUCUUAAUAAAGAACUUCAGUCCUACAUCCAAGCAGACAGAUUUUCCCCAUCCAGAUGGGCUGCACCUGGUGUGCUUCCUGUUUUUGAUGAAGAUAGUAAAGAAUCAGAGGCAACCUUAUUUAGUAAUGAGGAAUCCGCUGCUGUUGCCAUUGAGCCACAAAAUGAUUUUUAUGAUGAUUGUGUAGAAAAUGCAAGGGAAGAUGGGGAGCUGGAAGGUGAUUCUAGUUGCUACAGAGUUCUUUCUAGCAAAACUUUGGCUGAUGUUGUUGAAGCUUUGAUUGGGGUGUAUUAUGUCGAAGGUGGGAAGAAUGCUGCAAACCAUCUAAUGAACUGGAUAGGGAUUCAGGUGGAGUCUGACCCUCAAGAAAUGGAGUAUGUGAAGCCUUAUAACAUACCAGAAAGUGUUAUGAGAAGUGUAGACUUUGACUCAUUGGAAGGUGCAUUAAAUGUGAAGUUUAAAGACAGGGGCCUGUUAUUAGAGGCGAUAACCCAUGCUUCGAGGCCUUCCUCUGGUGUUUCUUGUUAUCAAAGGCUGGAAUUUGUUGGUGAUGCUGUCUUGGAUCAUUUAAUCACGCGACAUUUGUUCUUCACAUACACUGAUUUGCCGCCAGGGCGCCUCACUGACUUACGAGCUGCUGCUGUUAAUAAUGAAAACUUUGCUCGUGUUGCUGUCAAGCACAAGCUGCAUUUACAUCUUCGUCAUGGAUCAAGUGCCCUGGAAACCCAGAUUCGAGACUUUGUGAAGGAUGUUCAGGAUGAACUGUCAAAGCCAGGUUUUAAUUCUUUUGGCCUUGGAGAUUGCAAAGCUCCAAAAGUUUUGGGAGAUAUAGUUGAAUCUAUUGCCGGUGCCAUUUUUCUUGACAAUGGCCGUGAUACUUCGGUGGUCUGGAAGGUCUUCCAACCUUUGCUUCAUCCCAUGGUGACCCCUGACACUCUGCCGAUGCAUCCAGUGAGAGAACUCCAAGAGCGGUGUCAGCAGCAAGCGGAGGGCCUGGAAUACAAGGCAACACGAGCUGGAAAUCUGGCUACAGUCGAGGUUUUCAUUGAUGGUGUUCAGAUUGGAAUAGCUCAGAACCCGCAGAAGAAAAUGGCACAAAAAUUGGCAGCCAGAAAUGCCCUUGUUGUUUUAAAGGAGAAGGAGAAGGAGAAGGAGGAGAAGGCAUCAAAGAUAGAAGCUGAAAAUGGAGACAAGAAAAAUGGGGUUCAGGUCUUCACCAGACAAACCCUUAACGACAUAUGCUUACGAAGGCAGUGGCCGAUGCCUCAAUACCGUUGUAUCAAUGAAGGAGGUCCGGCUCAUGCGAAAAGGUUCGUGUACUCUGUGCGUGUGAAUACAACAGUUCGAGGCUGGACCGAUGAGUGCAUUGGAGAACCAAUGCCCAGUGUCAAGAAGGCGAAAGACUCAGCUGCUGUUCUCCUCUUAGAGCUUCUCAAUCGAUGUUAUCCGGAAACCAAGUGAUCCUAAUCUUAAAUCUUCAUAUUGUUUAGGUGAAGGUGAGCCCAACAAGUUCUGCUUCAUCAAUUCAAUUCCUAAGUUAAAUUAAUUUUCUUACCAUAAUUUUUUCAUAGGUCUGUUGUUGUAACCUAUAUAUUUAUAUACACACCCAGAGAAUGGGGAAUUCAAUCAACAGAUCUUAGAAUGUGUGCUCUUAGAAAUUGACAUA